AUGUUGAUAUUGGUUGUGCAUCAGAACUUUCUGAAACAGCAAGAUGUUCAGGUCAGUUCCGCCGAGGGGGCGGCGAAGGAGGAGCCCGAGAGGAGAUCGGCGAGGUUGUCAGCCAAACCGGCUCCCGCAAAAGUGGAAACGAAGCCAAAAAAGGCGGCAGGAAAAGGUAAACCUUCAGACAAAAGAGUGCAAACAAAAGGGAAAAGGGGAGCAAAGGGAAAACAGGCCGAAGUGACUAACCAAGGGACUGAAGGAAGGUUACCUGCAGAAAACGGGGGAACUAAAAACGAGGAGAGCCCAGCCUCUGAUGAAGCAGGAGAGAAAGAAGCCAAGUCUGAUUAA